UCAGUGCAGUGCACAGAACUCCAGACCAAGAACAUAGAUCCAAAGCCACUGUCGUAGUGUGUCUUGCCAGGUCAGAUCGUGGCCAGUGCUGUUCAGCAGUUUUUCAGUGUGGAGUAGCUGUUUUUUUGGUUGUUUGUCGUCUGGCACAAAUUUCAAGAUGCCUGCCUAUCAUUCUGCGUUCAAUGACUGCGAGAGGCAGCUGGGAAACAUGGCUCUUUUGCCAGUGAACACCUCCUUCAAGGGCCCAGCACCAAGGGGAGAAAACCCCGACAUUGUCGACGAGACCCUGCAGUACUUCAAGGCCAACGUUUUCUUCAAGAACUACGAGAUCAAGGGGCCGGCUGACCGUGUCCUGAUGUACCUCACACUGUACGUCACCGAGUGCCUGAAGAAGAUGCAGAAGUGCAAGUCAAAGAAUGAGGCCACCAAGGAGAUGAACGUGUUGGGCCUGGCCUCCUUUGCCCUGCCCGGCGAGAGCGGAUUCCCGCUAAACGCCCUCUACAAGAAGCCCGAAAACAGAGGAGAGGCAGAUCAAAUGCGCAACUAUCUGAUCCAGCUUCGCCAGGAGACUGGUCUGCGCCUUGUCGACAAGGUCUACGCCGACGCCAGCAGCCCUCCCAGCAAGUGGUGGAUGUGCUUCACCAAGAGAAAGUUCAUGGAGAAGAGCCUCGCCGCCCCCGGUCAAUAAUUUUUAACGUCCCUUUUAACCUUUAUUAUCCUACCAUUAGGUGCCCUGUUCUUGUUUGCAUAUACUUUCACACAACCCAUAGGCCGAAGAUCUUAUUCAAUUCUGCAAAGUGAUAUUGCUGUUGCUGCGGUGAUCGUGUUCCCGUGCGGGACCAACGGGAUUACACGUACACCAACCUUGGUGCUCUUACAGAAGACUGCCUCAGAAAGCUGUCAGAUGAAGAAGGGUAUGCAUGCUAGCUAGCUGGACUGAUUUGUACAUAUCCACUCGCAUGAGAUGACAGUAUCGAGUAAUGGAUUCACAUUUA